AUGCUUUCUAAAUACCUUGUUGCUCUCUCCCCCAUUGCUACCUUGGUUGCUGCCCAAGGCGGCCUCUUCAUCGUCCACUGCAAGCCCUUGACGGUGCAGCGUACUGAUCCCAUCAUCAACCCGGGCCAACUGAGCACCCACGUUCACGCUAUCGUCGGAGGUACUGGCUUCCACAUGUCAAUGAGUAACGAAGAUGCUCGAAAUUCCAAAAAUACUACCUGCGAUAAGGCUUUGGACAAGAGCAACUACUGGCAGCCCCAGCUGUACCACCAGCACCACGAUGGCAGCUUCGAGCUGAUCAAGCUACUUGGAAUUGCUGCUUAUUACAUUGACCGUACUUGCGAUUAUAAGCCAGGCCGCAGAGACUGCAGAGACGCUCCCGGCGCCAUUGCGCCGCCCAAGGGCCUGCGCAUACUCUCGGGCGACACCUUGAGGAGAACUUACGACAAGAGUGACAAGACCAAUCGCGCCAUUAGCCACGUCUGCCUCGACCCCGGCCAGGACUAUAUCGAGCUCCCUCAGAAACUCUGCAACGAGAUGCGCACACAAGUCUAUUUCCCUUCCUGCUGGGAUGGAAAGAAUCUAGACUCUCCCGACCACAAGAGCCAUGCAAGUACCGAGCCCCGCCGAAUGUCCUUCCCCAGCAUCGGCGACUACAACGGCGGUGUCUGCCCCGAGUCGCACCCCGUAGCCACCGUUUCCGUCUUUAACGAGUUUUUCUGGAACACGCGCCAGGUGCAGGGCGGUGCGUUUCGUCGCUGGGUCUACGCCAACGGCGACACCACCGGCUACGGACUCCACGGCGACUAUCUGCAGGGCUGGGAGGACCAGGACAAGCUGGAGCGCGCCAUGAAGACUUGCACCGGCAAUAAAGGUACGGAUGACCCCGGAUGUAGUCUGUAUGUUGGGCCCGAUGGCGCUGGCAAGUCUUCGUUCCAAAAGCCUGAAAAGGCACCGCCCACGGAGGAGGUUGGCUUGAAUGGCCGCCUUCCAAUCCUGCCGGGCAACAAUCCCGUGCUGGACGCCGGCGAGGCACUGAAGAGCACAGGGCCAAAGCCGAAACGACUGGUCACUGAACACCCUCUGCCGCCGGCCGCUCGAGUCUUCGCCCUCGAAGAGCUUACAACAGAGAUUCUACGCCAUGUCCCCCAACGCUGUGUUGCUCUCUAG